UCGGUUGACGGGCUAAAAAAAACGUGAUGCUUGUCCUUCGAUUUUUUGGUUUUUUACUGUUAAUAAAGUACUUGGAUGGUGCUCGGAUAUUGGCCAUAUUUCCAUAUCCUGGCCCAUCGCAAUAUAUCAAUGUAGUGUCAUAUCUUAAAGCGCUUGCCUCCCGUGGCCAUCAAGUCGACUCGGUGAAUGCCUUUCCUCAAAAGCAGCAAGUAAACAAUUUUCAGGACAUUCCUGUGCUAGAAGUUUUCAAAGGAUAUGAGGAUUUAAUUACAGACCUUGGUGAUCCCAUGAACAUAUGGGAAGAGAAUAAUUUUGAAAAUGGCUUCUUUUUAAAUAUCACUACAAAAGUUCUCGAGAACAAGGAAGUUCAAAAGAGACUACUAUCUAAGGGAAAGGCACAAUACGAUUUGAUUAUAUUAGAAGCUCUGAGGGCUGAUGUUCUUUAUGCCUUUGGUGCACAUUUUAAUGCCCCCAUUAUAGGAAUUUCCACAUUUGGAACCGAUUGGGAUAUUGACAAAUUGGUAGGCAAUACGUCGCCCCUUUCGUACAUACCCUUGAUUACAGCGGGAUUGAGCGAUCGCAUGACAUUUUCGGAACGAAUAUCUAAUUUCGUUAAGACAUCGGUGGCCUGGUUGAAUUAUAACUGGGUUCAUAUGCCAAAGCAUGAAGAACUCUACAAGAAAUAUUUCCCUCAUAUUGCUGAUAAAUUUCAAUUAUCGGAAUUGGCUAAGAAUAUUUCACUGGUCCUACUUAAUCAACAUUUCUCGUUGAGUUUUCCACGUCCCUAUGUUCCAAAUAUGAUUGAGGUGGGUGGUCUGCAUAUAGCUCAUAAGCCAGCUGCAUUGCCCAAGGAAAUGGAGGAUUUCAUUCAGGGUGCUGGCAAGGCUGGUGUGAUCUACUUUUCUCUCGGCUCCAAUGUAAAGAGUAAGGAUUUGCCUGAGGAAAAACGAAGAAUGCUACUUGAAACGUUUGCUAGCUUACCUCAACGAGUUUUGUGGAAGUUUGAAUUAGAUCACUUGCCUGAGAAGCCCGCAAAUGUGUUUAUAAGCAAAUGGUUUCCACAGCCCGAUAUUCUGGCACAUCCUCAGGUAAAAUUAUUUAUAACCCAUGGCGGCUUAUUAUCGACCAUUGAGAGUAUACAUCAUGGCAAACCAGUACUCGGGCUACCAUUUUUCUAUGAUCAAUUCCUGAAUAUUGCCCGUGCGAAACGGGCUGGCUUUGGCUUAGGCUUGAGUCACGCUGACAUGACUGGAUCCGAAUUUAAGACAACCAUAGAGCGAUUGUUAAAUGAACCAAGUUUUAUGGCAACGGCUCAAGCGAUGUCAGCACGCUACCGAGAUCAACCGAUGAGUCCACAGGACACAGCCAUAUGGUGGACCGAAUAUAUCCUGCGACACAAAGGAGCUUCACAUAUGCGAGUAGCCGCCCAAGAUUUGAACUUCUUUGCCUAUCACAGCUUAGAUGUGCUGGCAACUCUAAUUGGUGGAGCUUUUGUAGCAAUUGGUUUAGUUUUAUUCGCAUUAACAAAAGUUCUUAGAUUUACUCAGGGCACAAAAACUAAGCAAAAGACUAUGUAAAAACAAUUUUGAUUAUUAAAUUUGCUAUAAAUAAUGGUUAA